UCGUUUAUGCAUUCAUCAAGUUCAUCCAGAUUCUCAGGAGGAACGUGUGUGAUUUAGAAAUGUCUCCCGUCGCCAUUAUUGCUUGUGUGUGUCUGGCGUUGACGCUGACAAGUAUCUCGCCCAGCGAGGCCAUCGUCCCCACUCGCGAGUUGGAGAAUGUGUUCCUUGGCCGCUGUAAGGAUUACGAGAUCACCCGAUACCUGGAUAUUCUUCCCAGAGUGAGAUCGGACUGCUCGGCAUUAUGGAAGGACUUUUUCAAAGCCUUCUCCUUCAAAAAUCCCUGUGAUCUCGACCUUGGAAGUUACAAAGAUUUUUUCACUAGUGCGCAACAGCAGCUGCCAAAGAACAAAGUAAUGUUCUGGUCUGGAGUCUAUGACGAGGCUCACGAUUAUGCCAACACCGGCCGGAAGUACAUCACUUUGGAAGAUACGCUUCCGGGUUACAUGUUGAACUCUCUGGUUUGGUGCGGCCAACGCGCUAAUCCAGGAUUCAACGAAAAGGUGUGCCCGGACUUCAAAACGUGUCCAGUGCAAGCUAGAGAGAGCUUCUGGGGAAUGGCGUCAAGUUCUUAUGCUCACAGUGCAGAGGGAGAAGUGACCUACAUGGUCGACGGUUCGAAUCCCAAGGUACCAGCUUACAGGCCAGACAGUUUUUUUGGCAAGUACGAACUGCCCAAUCUGACUAACAAGGUGACAAGGGUAAAGGUCAUCGUCCUGCAUCGGCUCGGGGAAAAGAUCAUAGAGAAGUGCGGUGCAGGAUCUUUGCUGGACCUUGAGAAGCUUGUCAAAGCCAAGCAUUUUGCAUUCGAUUGCGUGGAAAAUCCAAGGGCUGUUCUCUUCUUGCUGUGCUCCGACAACCCCAAUGCCAGAGAGUGUCAACUCGCUAAACGUUUCUACAGGAUCGCCUAAAUAAUCCAGCACCGCUCGUCAACUAUUAGAGGCGUUUCGUUAGAGGUUUAUAAUUUAUUUUUUUUGAGAACGUGUCGACGGUGGCAAAAUGGGGUCGUUUUUUAGUCAUUAGUGUUGAAAAUAUAUUGGGGGUAAAAAUGGGGUGGGGCUGGGGCAUUGCUGUUGACGAUAUAAAGUAAAGAGGGAGGGGGCAGCUCUUCACUUCAGUGCGCACAGCAGCUGUUAUGAAUUGAGGGCUCAACGUUCUCGAGUACAUUUCAAUAUUAACUUCUUGAUGUAGUACGCUCUUUACCAAUUUCAAAUUAUUUAAAAGGUGUGCGGGCAAAGGUGUUGGUACUCUUUGAUAACGAUGUUGUAGAGGGUGGCUUUUCUUUGUUUUAUUUUUUGUUGUUUAACCGACUGGUGGUUGGGUUAAAGUAUGGAUCUAAAUGUUUGCCAUGGGCUAUGUGCAAGGCCUUGCUGCAACAGCAGCUGUUUCAUGUCUUUUUGCUACUUUCCAUUGUUGCCUGGUAUGCUCAUGCAUACAUCCUGAGUACGUCAUGUAUUUCUAUUCUUUUUUUAUAAGCUUUACUUUGUUUGCUUCAAGAAAUGUGAAAUUGAAAUGGGUUUUUUUUUUGUGUCGAGUUUUGAUAUUUUCCUCCAUCCUGUUUGUUUUAAGAUUGACAAUAAAAGUUAUGCUGAACAAAUGAA